CAAAAAAAAAAUACGAAAUAAAUAAUAAAAAAUAAAUGCGAGAUAAAUAAUAAAUAAAUGAUCAUUAAAAUAGUUAAUUAAUUAAAUAUGUCAUUUAGUGAGAAAAUUGAUAUUAAUUGUGAUUAUAAUCAAGUAAAUAAUGUGGCGGAAGACGAAAAUAAUGAGGAGAUUGAAAAUCAUCAAAAUUUCAAAAAAGAUUCACGUGUUUCGGGCAGUGAAACAUUUAAAAAAUUAAAGAAAAUCAUAAGUCACGUUGGUCUUUUAAUUGCAUUGAUGGUUUAUACAGCAUCAGGUGGUUUGGUUUUCCGGGCAAUUGAACUCCCAGCGGAAUUAGAUCGAUUAACAAGACUGAGGGAUCAUUUAAUUAUACAGAGAUUCCAAUUUAUUAAUUCUGUUGUUAAUAGCACCGAUGUUAUAAAUUUCGCCACACUGGUGGAUUAUAAACUGAAGGAUUAUGAAUCCGCCGUUCAGAAUGCAGUGCAAGAUGGACUUUUUAUAAAUUUAGUUUAUGAAAUUAACGAUCCGGAGAAUCAUGAUAAAAAACCGCCAAUGAAAACUGACAGAUGGAGUGUUUUGCAAGCAGUUUUUUUUGCCAGCACAGUUUUGACUACAAUUGGCUAUGGAAAUAUUGUACCUGCCACGGACUGGGGAAGGAUAUUUUGCAUUCUCUUCGCUCUCGUUGGAAUUCCUUUGACGCUGACAGUAAUUGCCGAUUGGGGCAAACUUUUUGCAGAAGGUGUCAGUGAAAUUGCUCUCAAGAUUAGAUCGAAUCUUCCCGAAAGGCUUAAUUCCUGUAUGCCUAACAAUUUGGCAGGAAGACGUUCACUGGGAGCCUUUGCUGCGGUGGUCUUGUUAUUUUUAUAUUUGGCGUGUGGCGCCGGAAUGUUUAUGUUAUGGGAGGAAGAUUGGGGCUUUUUCGAGGGCUUCUACUUCUGUUUUGUGACAAUGACGACAAUUGGAUUUGGCGAUUUGGUGCCAAAGAAACCAAAAUAUAUGCUGCUUUGUACUCUUUACAUUUUGGUUGGUCUCGCGCUGACUGGGACAAUAAUUGAAUUAGUUAGACGACAAUAUGCCCAAUCAUGGAGGAGAUUACAGGCCCUGAGUGGACCAUUGACGGAAACUUUGAAGAAAAUUGGAGAACACGCUGGUGGUGAUAUGUCCGCUUUUCAAUCUGAUCUCAGGAGGGCACUGACAAUAAUAUCGAUGCCACGUUUAAAGCGUUGCGGAACGGACGCGGAAAAUUCAAAGGAACAAGAAUGGGAAAAGGCCGUCGAGGAUAUUCUCUGGGAUAUUGCAAACGCUUCGCCUUCUUCGCAAAAAAAUCCCAUUAUGCAAAUUGUCAUUUACGAGUCGAGCGUUUAGACGAAAUUCUUCCCUCGAAACGCGAGUAAAAUUCCAUUUUUAUUUAUUUAUUUAUUUAUUCAAACUUUGUUUUUAACCAAUUUUCAAUUUUAACCAUUUUUUUUUAAAUUAAGAAAGAAAUCGUUUUCUAUCGAGUGAAAAUAUUUUAAACAGAAAAGGAAUAAAUUAACACGACAAA